AAUAAAAAACGCGAGGAGAAAGGGUCAAUAGCAGUACUUGACUCUACUACUUACUACUAGCAUUUCUACACACACUUAUUAAAUCAAUCGAAACUGAACCUCUUUGGCGCUGCAACAGAGUGUACUAUCGUCAUCGAUGGGAAAUCAGAAGCAAAAGUGGACACCUGAAGAAGAAGAAGCCUUACAUCAAGGCGUUCAAAAACACGGUACCGGAAAGUGGAAGAACAUUCUCAGAGAUAAAGAGUUCGCUGAGAAACUCUGUAGCCGUUCCAACAUUGAUCUCAAGGAUAAAUGGCGGAAUUUAAGUGUUUUUCCUGGUCAAAACUCUAAAGAUAAGUCUAGAACUCCCAAGUCGAAAUCGUUGGUUAUUGCUUCUGCUUCUCCUGCUACUCCGGCUUCUCCUGCUCCGCUUAAUGUUAUUAUGCAAAAUGUUACUCCUGUGCCUCAAAUUCAGACUCCUACAAGCCAGCCUUCUCAAAUUGAAGAUGCUCCUCCACAGUACAAUUCAAUGAUUUUUGAAGCUUUAUCAACAAUCAAAGAUGCCAACGGGUCUGACUUAAGUGCUAUUGUUAGCUUCAUUGAGCAAAAGCACAACCUUCCUCAAAAUCAAAAUUUCAGAAGGACACUAGGUUCAAAGCUAAGAAGGCUUGUUACUCAAGGGAGGCUCGAAAAGGUACAAAACAGUUACAAGAUUAAGGAUACCUCAGCGGAGACAAAGCCGGAUGUUGACUCAAAACCACCUGCACCAAAAGAAAUGAAUUCACCAGCUCCAGCGGCAUCUAAUACUUCGGCAUUUGAUAAUGCAAUGAGGGAAGCUUCCGAAAUUGUAGCGUUCAGAAUUGCUGAUGCAGAGAAUAAGUCAUUUUUGGCUGCUGAGGCAGUGAAGGAGACAGAAAGAUAUGCAAAGUUUGUCGAGGAAAAUGAUGCAAUGUUAAAGUUUGCUGAAGAGCUUUUAGAAAAAUGCAAGCUUGGUGGAAGUUUUCGCUUCGCUUAAAUUGGUAAAUGCUAGGCUUAUAGUGUUUUUGUUUUUACAUGUAAAUUGGUUCAUCCAUUGAAAAAUGCUUUUAUGACUCCCCCUCACCCUCAAUAGAAAAUUUAAACCCCGGUUAGUAUAAUUUUUUUUUCAAGUGCCUUUGAGACCAAAAGAAUUUAUGUGUUAUUUUUUUGGGAAUAAAAUUGGUUUAUUUAGUUUUAUGAAAGUUCCUCUCAGACAAGUGUCAUAACUAGACAGGACUUGUUAAAAGUCGUGAAAUUGCAACAUACAACUUUAUACGAUAGAUACAUGGUAGUGAAAAAUAUGGCUCAUCAUGUUUUAUUGAUUUUCUCUGAUUCUUACUGACAUUGUAAAGGAGAAACCAAUGGAAAAAUUUUGCCAUAAAUUUUUUAAAGUGUUUUACAAACUCAGUCGAUAUUGCUUCUUGAAGUGACAUUUGCUUUUAAAGUAUUACUAGCUUUACAUUUGAGAGAAAAAAAGAUAACUACUGUUCUAUAACUCCAAAGUUUGAUAUAUAUACAGCUGUGUUAGCGGUGUAGUUUGAGCAGUUUUGACGUACAAAAUUAUCCGAAACGUAAGAGAAAAACAUUUGUGGUUUGGUUUGGUUCAGUUAACUUUUAAAAAUAAAACCAAAUCAAACCAGUGUGGUUGGGGUUGGUUCGGUUAGUUUGAUUUUUUACAAAAAUUUAUUUAGCCUUUCAUACACACAUAAAUGACAACUUAACUUUGUAUUUAGUCAUUUAUGCUUUAACAAAUACAACAAAAAUUAUCAUAUUUGGACA